AAACAACAAGUAUGACAUCAACCCGCAUCGACCUCACUCUGUUAUAUCUUCCGGCGCAGGGACCGUCGCCGCAUCGCCCCGAGCCGAACAUGUCAACAGCAUCGCGCGCCGACCAUGAAGUCGACGGCUAGCUCGCCAUCCGCCCCCGCGCACUCCAGCACCAGCUACGAAAUGCUGCCCACGCGCCACCCAUCCCCGCACUCCCCCAGGACCCCAAACACACCUUCAAACCCCAUCUCCAAAAAAUGGACGCCGUCCAAGUUCCCCUGGCGCGUCUUCACCGUGGUGUCCAGUCUCCCCCUCGCCCUCCUGCCCAUCGUCCUCCUCUCAGCCCUCGCAGAGAUAGCGUCGCAAUCCUACCUCGCCGGCCGCGACUGCUACCCCAACGGCCUGUGGAAGGAAGCUGCCGGCGCCACCUGGCGCAUCAUGGACAGCUCGUACUUCUUCACGCCGAACCUGUCCUUCGGCGCCAUGUCCUUCACGCAGGUCAAGGUCAUCGACAUCGCGUGGGACCUUUGUGUCGGGCGCGGCGGGCAGAUGCUGCUGGCGUGGGUCAACUACGUCGUGUUCAACGAGUGGCUGGUGUACCACAUGGAGCAGCACCGCACGAGCUACAAGAUGGCGACCAGCGUGGCGUUCCAGACGACGACGCUGGGGACGCUCGGCGUGCUGGGGAAGGAGUGGCUGGCGUUUGGGGAGAGGACGUGGGGCCGGUUUUGGAGGUGGCUGGCCGUGCUGUGCAUGCUGAUUGCGACCUUGUAUGUGCUCGCGUUUCCGACGCUGAUGGCGGCCAUGACGGGGUACAUCACGACGUAUGAGCCGUAUGUGAUGGACGAGGGGAGGAGUUUGGUGCCGUGGAAGGAUGUGAGGCGCGUGGAGUAUGUCGUGCGUGAUAGUGAGAGAGUAGGGUUCUAUGGGGGCGAGCUGGUGUCUGCGACUGGCGACGACGAGCUUGCGCGAGCUCUGGCUAACUGUGAGUACCGUCGUUUCCGUCGUUGAUGUGGUGUACGUUGAAGUGCAGUCCAGGCUAGACAACAAGACGGAGAAGCGCGUGCACCUGACCCCCAGUACCACGAACAACCCCAGCCAGCCAUCUUCCCGCAUCGAACUGACCCUCGCCCAGAUUCACGGUACUACCUCGACGUCUUCCCCGGCCGCCCCGCCUUCGAGUCCACCAUCCUCCCGCCAGACUCCCUCCUCACACGCACCG